AUGGACUCUGUUCGAGAUUAUAGCAGUAUCAUCCACUCACCGUCAUUCACCUUCCUCGUCGGCCCAAGACACACAAAGCUGACAAUCCAGUCGGCCCUCGCCCAGCAUGUCUCCAAACCGCUGCAUAAUCUGAUGAAUGGCCACACGAGAGAGUCAAAACAUCGAAUUGCCGUUUUGGAAGAGGAGGAUGUUGAGACAUUUGUUGCCUUCUGCGAGUAUGCAUACACUGGUGAUUAUAGUGUACCGCGAACCGAGUCGGAGGAGGAAGCCCUAGAGGACAGUAGGUCUGGUGUCGUCGAGAAUGCCCCCAGUCCGGGCACUUCUUGGAGAGAUACUUACCGAUCUGAAUCGGUUUCGUCGGCUGUGCCUCCACCUGCGCCGUCGCCGCCUCCUGGGGAUCGUAGCCAGGCGGAAACUACCGUGUAUCAGGAGCCUGAGCCUCCAGCUGAGCCUCCAGCUGGGCCCGAGCCUGAGCCAGAGUCUGCUGUACCCGAGCCUGAGCCAGAGUAUGCUGCACCUGAGCCUGAGCCUGAAUACAUUUACCCCGAAGAAGCUGUGCCUGAAACAGAACCAGAGCACACAGAAGUGAAUGGAUUUGAAUAUGCAGACUCGGUUGUGCCGGAUGCACCAGAGCAGCCAGAUUACCCUGCCGUCGAGCCGCAGGCGUAUGCAGAGCCCGAGUACGAGGCACCUGUGAAAUAUCAAAGCCCAGCACGAAAGCUCAAAAAGAGCAAGAAAGCCAAGAAGGCAAACAAGAUAGCAGUAGCAGCUGAAGAUGUGGCUCCUGCAACAGAAGAGCCUGUCAACCUGACGCCUCCAUCAACACCUCCACCAGCAGCAGCUCCAGAAGAGUGGCUAACAGCAGAGGGUGAGCUGGAACCGGAGCCACCUACUGAGGAGCCUACCCCAGAGCCUGCUCAAGAACCAGAGCCAGAGCUAGAGCCAGAACAAACUGGGGAUUGGGGUCAACCACCAGCGGAAACUGCAUGGACACCAAAGACCUCAGAACCCCUAGCAGACUCAUGGUUUGGAGAAAAGAGUCAAAUGCCCCGGCCCCGGCCAAUGCUCGACAUGUCAUUUGCCCAACAACAAGCCUCGUCCCCUUGUGAACCAGGCCUCAGCAUGUGGGAUGAAUUCGUCUCUCUCCAAUACAACGAUGACGCAGCCUCCAAUAUAUCCCCAGUCGAGUCAACAUCCAACCUCCCAUACCUAACCUUCCACGCCAAAGUCUACGUCUUCGCCACGCGCUACCUCAUCCCCGCCCUGGCGCAGCUCUGUCUCCGCAAGUUACAUCGAGACCUCCUGCUUAUAUCCUUCACGGAGCAAGAAACAGCCGAGCGGAGCCCAUCUCAAAAACUGGGCGUCUUGGCCGCGCGCAAGGCCCAGAUGGUCCUGAACCUAGUCCACUAUACUUACACGAAAACAGCCCGGCUGGAGCCCAUCUCACCAACGUCCGCGACGCAACUUCGGGAGAAUGAGCUGCGACGACUGGUUGUACACUAUGCAGCCUGCAAAGUCAAGGACUUGGCCAAGUACCACUCGCCAGACGAUUCUGCAACGGCAACACCAUCGCUCCGGCCGGUGGAUGCAACAGUGGAGCGGGCCGAGACUUCUGCCCCUAAGAGUCUCCGCUCGCUUCUGGACAUGACGACGGAGCUGGCCUCUGAUCUUGUGUACCGCAUGAUGUGA